CGGGAUGACUCACCCAAGGCGACUGUUAUACGCAUGACAAAACAUGGGAGGGGGGAUUAAAAAAAAAAAAAAAAGGUGAGGUGGAGCAACCAGACGGCAGGCGUCAAAUAAAAAAAGGUGUUUGGCUCGUCGGAGUCACAAUCUGAGACGAUGAUGAAGCCGUGCACCGCUACCAUGCAGAGCUCCAUGAGGCGUCUCGGAGGCGCGCUGGUGUGCGCACUGAUGCUGCUCUCCUGCGCCUCGCAAGCCCACGUCCUGGACUCCGAGUCCGAGGAGGAGUUGAACCCCAGAGCCCUGCGAGAUUUUUACCCAAAAGGACCCAACCUGACCAGCGAGAAGCAACUGCUUGGAGCUCUCCAAGAAGUUCUCGAAAAGCUUCAGGCUAAACGGCUGCCUUUGUGGGAGAAGAAAUUCGGCCAAGUCCCGACGUGUGACAUCGGGGAGCAGUGCGCGGUGAGGAAAGGCGCUCGGAUCGGGAAGAUGUGCGACUGUCCUCGGGGAGCUUUCUGCAACUUCUUCUUGCUCAAGUGCUUAUGAGCCUGCUCGGUUCCCAGCGUCGAAUGUGUCAUCAAGACGACAGAUAGAACAUUGUCUUUGGAAUUGUACGUUCAUACUUUUCAAUGAAAAAGCUGGGAGUGGCGUGACAUGUGAGGGAUUGAAAUGAAUAUACAGUGGAACCUCGGUUUUUCGUUAGUAAUUCGUUCCAAAAAUACAAAAAACCCACUGAGAAUUUCAUCUCUAUUGUCACAGUUUUUCAAAAAUAUCAUCAUUAAUAAAUCAUCAAUAAGUGUUUUUGUGGUUGAAUACAGCCUAUUAAUUAAUACAUAUUAAUUCGUUUUUAUGAAAUGACGCAUUUUCAAGCAUAAAAAUGGCUAAAUAAACUAAAAUACCAAUAUAAGGCAUUCAGAAGACGCAUUCAAAGACGCUGUGAUGAUAUGUAGUAUUCUACACUGGUCACGAGGUGUCAGUAAUUACUGUAAUGUUCAGUGAGACACACAAGCACCAGCCUUGAUCGCUGGGACGACAGACUUCUAUUGCAGGUUUGAAUGAUCUUGCAACCACGCCAAGCUAAAACUCAACUCACUUCCUGUCUGCCUCCCAUUCUCCUAAGCAACACAUUUACAGCAACACACACACGCGUGAGUCUUAUUUAUGUCUUAAAUGGCUUAUUUUCUCUUAUUAUGUCAACUGUGUUGGGUGAUAAGAGUGUAAAGGUGACUAUAGGGGUGUUAUGCCAUGUCUAGAGGGCUCUAAUAAUGUUAACAACCACAUUUAGAAGGUCGUAAACUGCUCUAACUACUAAAGUAUUCUAUUUAUAAAUAAGGAAGCUUACUUAUCACAAUAAACGUGGCGUUGCUGUAACUAUUAAUUUAUACUUUCGUAGUCUGCUGCUAGUUCUUUCUUGAAAUCUUUAUCCAAGUGCUUUCACUAAUAACGCUAAUAACUUGGCCCCAUGGCAGGUGAUUUAGCAGUUGGACUAAAUAAAAAGCACAGAGAUUAAGUUAAACGCGUGGUAUGUCUUGUUUGGGCACCCGAUUCCGUGAAAACAUAUGUGAGCAAAGCGACUAGUCUGUUCCGUGCUCGGAGACCCAGACUGUGUACAAAAACUGUGGACGGAAUUUUGUCAAAUCGAAAACCGAGGUUUCACUGUAUUGUGUUUUGUUCAAAAGUUUGGAGACAUUUUCAUAUGCUGUUCAAUGAGAAAGUGUCUCUAAACUUUUGAGUGGUACUGUAUAUACGUAUGAUGCAUAAUACUCACCACAGGGAUGAGCCUGGGCUUAUCAGAGCUGCCUUUGCAAAGAAAAUGCUCACUUUUGAAGAGGUGUUCCUUCAUUAUUGUGGUUGUAUUUUGCACUGAGCGCUGUUCAACUACACGACUCGAAAUAUUCAAAAGAGCUCUCUGUAAACCAUGGGCUUUGUUCAGUGUACACCCUGACUGAGCGUUGGAAUUGUCAACACAGCUCUUUUAGUGUACACGCUGUGUAAUUUGUGUUUUCAGGACCACUCCAUAUUUCUUCCAUCAAAAAAGCUGUUUAACGCCACCACCGGCCUUCAAGUCCUAAAAACUGUUUUGUCACGAUAAAUGUUUGUGUAUGUGUCGUGACGUGAGAAAUAAAUGGUGAACUGUGUUUUGUAAAGCAGUGCGGUCGUCACAUACUCCUUUUACCACAGGACGUCGUCAAGAACUAUCGAUCAGCGGUGCCUGUUUGCAGUCCACACCUAAUUCCCACCGAACAGAGGCACCCUACAUAUUGUGCUCAGCAUUGUAAAUUAAAUAUCGAGCAGGAAUAGGAAAUGGUGUCCUUCCUUUGAUGAAGUAAUGAUUCGUUAACACCGAGAUAACUUUUCUGUAACGUACUACAAGCUCGCACCAGAUUCAGACUGAGUGUAAUUACCUGCUGAACGUUCAGCAAGUGAGUACUCGCCUCACGUUUGAUUAUAUCUUCACAAGGCACGCUACCAUGGAAAUGAAACUUGAAUGUGACACGUUUUCUGCACUGCAAAAACAGCCACAUUUGAAAGAAGCCACAACUUUUCUUAUUUCAAGCAAAAAAUUCUGCCAACGGGAUAAGCAAAAUUUGUCUGGCUAGAAUUCUCAUAACUAGAUUAUUCAUCUUGUGACUUUUAACGAGUCACACGAGUCCUAUAAUAAGCAAGUUGUAGGUAGAUUUAAGUAAAAAUGUUUCUACAUAUUCUAGAUGUAGGAGUAUUUUUCUAUUUUCUUACAAUUUCAAGUCUCCAGUUAACCUGUCACGCAUGUGGAAGGAAGCCAGCACAGGGCGGAGCGUGUGAGCGUGAGUUCCGCACAGAUGCGUUCCAAUGGUGAUUGAACAUACUAACCGCUCGGCCACCAGGCAGCUAACAUCGUUUCUUGUCGGCAUGUUAGUUAUGUUGGUUACUUCAAAUGAGGCAAAUGAUAUGGAUGGAACUUUUUUAUGUAAAAAGACUGUGAUUGGAUCUAAGAUUCGCUUAAUUUAGGAAAUAAACACUAUUAGAACUCUUUUUGGGCAUGAUUUGCAUGUAAAUUCACUAUUUUUUACAUUUUUAAACUAUAUAAAAAGAGUGUCAUAUUUUCUUGAAUUAAGUUGAAUAGUUUUACACAGAUUUUAUGACUGGAUUUCAGUUAAUAAAUCUUGGUACGCUUUGUGAAGUUUGCUGUGCAGCCUUCACAUUGGUCCGAAAUCAGCAAAUCUUUACAUUUAUUUUCUGUGUGUGAGUCCAUUCUUAAAUUUAGAAAGUUUAGAAACAAGUUUUAUUCUUAAUUUAACACAAAUAUUCUUAAUCUGUUGCUGAAGAAGAAUCAAAAUUAAGUUUUUAGCUUGUUAUAAGAAAAAAACAACUCAUUUCUGGCAAAAAAUAUCUUCAUAAGAAUUGGCUAGCUACACUCUCCUAAUAUAACAUUAUUUUUCUCAAGUGUAAAUUGCUGGACAGGAUAUUUUUCUUUUUCGGAAAAAAAAAGAAAUGAUUGCUGAAAAUGGGACUUUUUUUACUUUCUUGAAAUGUAGUUUUUGCAGUGUAAGCUGCAUGGUGGCCGAGUGGUUUGUAUGUUAGCCCCACAGUCAGGCAACCUGGGUUCAAUCACCUUUGGAACACAUCUGUGUGGAACUCACACACUCCCCCCUGUCCUGGCUUCCUUCCAUAUGCAUGGUAGGUUAAUUGGAGACCCUUUAAAUUGUAAGAAAAUAGAAUAAGACUCAGCUAAUUUUAUAUAAGAGCAUUUGGCUUACUUC